GGGCUAUAGGGCGGUUAUAGGGCUUACCAUUUAUACCAAACGUGGUUAUAGGGCUUACCCCCCAUAACCACGUUUGUUUAUUGAGUGCUUAGUGUAAACAUCAACAUCUUCGGUUUUAAUUGUUUGAUUGUUGUAUUUUAACUUAUUAAUUGCAGUUGAAUCAAAUUAAAUAUGGAUAAAGUAAUUAAAACUAAAACUGCUCGGGGUAAAAGGAAAUUACUCCAAAAAGAACCCAAAGUUAUUGAAGGUCCAAAGAAUUGUGUGUUUCUAAGAUCAUCCACAAUUAACCAGUUCACCACUGAUGUUAUGAAAGACAUUUGUACGCUUAAAAAACCUUUCACUGUUUUCCGCAAUAAACAUGGAAAUAAAUUCAUUCUCCCCUUUGAAGAUGUCUCUCCAGUGGAAUUCUUGUGUAAAAAAUAUGAGUGUCCACUUUUUGUUGUUGGAUCACAUUCAAAGAAACGAGCUAAUAACAUUGUAAUGGGCAGAACAUUUGAUAACCAAGUAUUGGACAUGUUUGAGCUUGGUAUUGAGAACUAUAAACCAAUGGCUGAAUUCAAAAUUCGAAAUUUUUUAAUCGAUUUUUUCGUCGGCUGUAAAUUAGAAGGCUUAAAGUUAUCGGGAGUUGAGCAUGUUAUUCAAGUGGUGGCACAUGAAAGCAAAAUUCUUUUCAGAUGUUACAAAGUUCGUCUUUCACCAACAGGAACAAAAUAUUCGAAGGUAGAAUUGGAAGAAAUGGCCCCAAGAAUUGACUUUUUUUAAAAAAGAAAUCAACCUCAUCCUUCUCAGCAGCUUAGAGCGGUACACCUUGAAGGAUUUGUGGGGUGAUUUCCCUUCGGUUAAAACCGGGGGCGCAUGGGGUUUCUCAGAGUGACCCCGAUUUAUGCAUACUUUCACCCAUCAAAUUUUGUAUUAUUACAUUAAUAAAUUAUGAAAUUACCGAUGUAAUGAAUUCAUGUACACUUUUCCCUCGAGUUUUUUGUAUUUUUGUUGCACAAGAUUAACAGCACGAGAGCUUAGCUUAUUUAAGCUGACCAACAAGUCCAAACACAAGUAUUUGAAUACUUUUACCACACAGCUAGAAAUAGCUAAUUAAGGUCAAACCAAAGACUGGUACAAACAAUGAACUAUCGCGGUUUAUAGCAAACUAAUAGUUGAAACACAUUGAGUAAUAAGUAUUUGAAUACUUUCACUUACAAACUAGAAAUUUAGGAAACUUUAUUAAUUCAAGAGCAGGACAGGAUUAAACCAAUUUGGUAUUCCAAUACCAGGAGUAAUCAGAACUUGAUUAAUAAGUAAUUUAAACAGUAAUGAAAUCAUAGAUUAAACAGUAAAAUGAACAUAAAUCAAAAGGGCAAAAUUGUCUCAAUAUAUACUACUGUUAACGGAAGGAAAUGAAAGGUUUUGAAACCUAAAGAAAAAAGGAAGACAAAUGAAGAAAGGAAAGAAAGGAAACUGUGUCUCCAUUGACAAUUUUACAAACAAAAAGAGAAAGGGAUUUAUGAAAAAUUACAAAAUGAAAAGUAAGGAUCUUUAAGUAUUUGAAUACUUUAUCUUGAUCCAAAGCAAAAUGAAAUUAAAUUUAUCUU